AUGAAGGAUAUCACCGUAUCCAAUAUUAAAAAUUGGAGACGAGAAAUACAUGACAAGGAUGCAUGCCGGAAAACAAUUAAUCGUGGUGUUACUUAUGGCAUCGUUCAUACAGAUUUUACGCGUAUAGUACGAGAACAUAAAGAAAGAGCUGUUGACCAUCGUGCACGAGAAGAACUAAUGCAUCACAUACCGAAAAAUACAACAACUGAUCAUGAUCGUCUAGCUCUCACAACUGAUGAUACUACAUGCACGCAAUGUGGACGGAUAUGUAACACUAUAUUUCGUCUUCUUGAUAAUCAAAUUACAAAUCUCACUGUUAAUAUUUAUUCUGAAAAAGCAGAAAUAUUGAAUGAAAAUGAACCAAAUAUAUUUCAGUUCAUACUAUUAAUCGGUAGACAGUUACGUGACGUAACUUUUUUCAACAGUGCUCAAGAAAAUAUGUAA